GUUGCAUAAGUUUUUGAGUAAGAUGAUGAAAGUAAGCCAAUGGCUACUACAGACACUGCUGUGCGUAUUAGUAUUUCUAAAAAUAGAAGGUACAACUGAAGUGGGUAUAACCAUCAUUGAAGGAGCUGUGGCUAAUGGAGCAGUUUGUUUGGAUGGAAGCCCACCUGCAUACCAGUUUGAUGCAGGUUCUGGUGAAGGUCUUCACAAUUGGCUUCUUCACAUACAGGGUGGAGGAUGGUGCAAUUCGAUAGAAGACUGCCAUACACGAACGUAUAGUCUCUAUGGUUCAUCGAAGAAAAUGAAGAGUUCCGACUACAAUUUCACUGGGAUUUUGAGCAAUAAGCAAGACUUAAAUCCAAAUUUUUACAAUUGGAAUAGGGUCGCAAUGAGGUAUUGUGACGGGUCAUCAUUCACCGGAGACGUAGAAGCAGUUGAUCCCGGUACAAAUCUUCACUUUAGAGGUGCAAGGGUCUUUAAUGUCAUUGUUGAUGAGUUGCUUGGCAAAGGAAUGAAAAAUGCAUCAAAUGUUCUUUUGUCGGGGUCUUCUGCCGGUGGAUUGGCUUCUAUAUUGCACUGUGACAAAUUCCGAGCAUUCUUUCCAACAAACACACGUGUAAAAUGUGUUUCUGAUGCCGGUUAUUUUGCUCAUGUGAAAGAUAUAUCCGGAGAAUAUAAGUUUGAGGGAUAUUACGAUCAAGUGGUUACGUUACAUGAAUCAUCGAAGAACUUGUAUCCUGAAUGUACUUCAAAAAUGAAGCCCAGUCUCUGUUUCUAUCCACAAUUUGCCAUGCCAUAUGUUAAGACGCCUGUUUUUAUACUGCACUCUACGUACGAUACAUUUCAGGUACAAAACAUCUGGGCUACGCCACAAGCCGAUCCAAAGGGACUCUUUGCCAAAUGCAAGCAAGAUAUAAAUGUAUGCUCAUCUGAUCAAAUCCAAAGGCUAAAAGAUUUUAGAUCGGAUUUUUUAAAUGCAUUGUUGGUCGUUGGAAAUGGUUCGUCAAGAGGAUGGUUUGUUAACAACUGUUUUACUCACGGCCAGUGCGAGUACCAAUCAAAAUGGUUGGGUAAUCCUUCUUCGAGAUUGAACCAUAAGGCUAUUGCUGAGGCCGUUGGCGAUUGGUUUUACGACCGAAGCACAAUCCAAAUGAUCGAUAGCCAAAAUGUGUUGCCACACUACUGCAAUAAUUGAUCGAUGAUUUUAUGUAUAAUCUUCUUGGUAUAUAAUAUGUAACGAUAAAAAUAAAGAGAUUCAUAGAUUUGGUA